UAAUCUUCACGCAGUUUACCGUAUGAGAGUUUUGUGUAAUGCCGGUGUAGAUAUGUCGGAAGGGUGUAGUUUGGAAGUGUUGUCGCACACCAGUGAUUCGCCGUUACCAUCCGAUGAAAUCUUGGAUUUGCAAGUGGACGAAGCAUCGGAUGAAGAGAAAUUGGUCAUUGAAACCCCAAAGAAGAUAACUAGAAAGAGAAAGGUCAUCGACAUUUCCGAUAUCGAUAAGCAACUCCUAGAAGAUAUUGAGGAAGAGUUUGAGAAUGCUCUUGAUGAAAAAGCUGCUAAAAACAACUUGAAGAAUGUACAAGUCAAAAACAUUAUCAGACAGGUUAUUACCAAUGAACAAGUUAUUGCAUUUGUUAAACAUGCAGAGAACCCUACUGAAGAGUUUACCAUGCAGUAUGAACCAAAGAUUACAAGGGCAAAAGCCAGGGAAUUGUCAGUUGAAACACCGUUCUGGCCCAGAGAUAACGACGAAGAACCAUCUGAAACUCAUGUUUUAAUUAAUGAAGAAUUGCCAGAGGAAGAUUCCUCUGAAGAUGAGUAUGUACCAGUUGAAGAAGUACCCACAGAAGAUAGUGAAGAUGAGCACAACUUAUCCUUUACAAGUGAAUCCACACAACCAUCCACACCAAUUCACUCAGCAGAUUGCAGCACACAAACCAACUGGACAGAAGAUGGUGCAUUCAAAAUUCCUCUCGACAAAAACGAUGCACAUGCCAAAGAAAUCGAAGAAGCGAACAUCGCACGCCGAACUAGAUCAAAACUAUGUCUCAGCAAUACACCACUGGAAGACAUCGAAUCCACCUUUAUUCCACCUGAUAUCACCACAGAUAUGUACGAAAUGGAUUACGAAUGCGAUGAGGAUUGGAAAAACUUCCUCAAAGGAUUCACACGACCGUUGGCUGAAGUAUCAGCCACAAUGCAGGAAGAUGAAGACCAUGAUCCAGAGUAUAAUGUUUUAGCAGACGAGGAAGUUAUCGAUGUCGAAGAGUUGCGUACGGAUAGAGCCGUCAAUAUUACCCGCAAAGAGUUAAACGAUCUCAUUGGUGAAUUAAUGGACUACGCUGACAAUUUUAACAAUUAUUUUCCCGAACAGGAUGAGCAGCCAGAGGAACCUGAGAAGUCUGACAAUACAACCGUGGAGUAUUCAUAUCCGCAGUUGAAUACGACGUUGAGUAACGUUGUGAUAAUAGGUUAUAGUAUGUUUAUAAUGAACGAGGAUCAAAAGGCGUUGUUUGAACAACAAUUGCGACAGCACAUUCAACUUUUAACGCAGGGUUUUAUGAUGACUUUUCAGCAUCCUGAAUUGGAUUUGAUUUCGAAUAAAUUCGAAACAUGUUUAGAUGAUUUACAGGAGUCUGCUUCGGGGCAGACAUUUUAUGAUUGUUCAAAUAUCUCCGAAGCUUUAGCUGUUGUAAACGACUGGAAGGCGAAAUUUUCGUGUGACACAACUGUGAUAAGGGAAUAUAAACAGCAAUUGGCAAAGACUAUUUCUGAAGCGAAACAAGCCAAAGCAGCUGGAUUAUUCUACGUUCCAAAAUUUCCAAAGUUAUUAAUGGAGACUAUUUCAAAGAGCAACCUGUUUGUCUACCCGAGUUUGCUACCGAGAAUUCAAUACGUUGAAGCAAACCCCAAAAUUAUUGGUUUUACUUCAUCAGAAAAUGAAUUAAUAGCAUUAGGUUUAGAUCAGUUUACACCGUAUCUCAAACAAGAUGAGUACCAUUUAAAGAAGAAUGGUGAAGUGAAAUUACAUGACGUCUGUCACUGCAUUCGAAAGUUUAUGAUGCCUAGUAAAGAUACUGAUAGAUUAUUUAAGCACGUUUGUGCUUUCCGCUUCUCGAAAGAUCAAAAUCCGAUCAAAUUGUACUUUGAGAAGAAUAUCGUCUGGCCUACCACACAUUUUGUCGUUCCUGCGAAGGAGUAUUUAAAUAUUCCGCCUUGUAAGCGUAACCCCAACGAACUACCGUAUUUGUGGAGAGACUAUAUUCAUCCGGUGUCGGCAACUGUAAGUGUUUGUAGUCGUGUAGAAAACAAUUCGGUACCAGUAACUAACUCACAGCCGAUUACGAAGGUGACUAAACCACCUGUGUAUAACAAAAAGUUUGCGCGUCGACGACCAACACAAAUCACCUCCAAGGUACAAAAAAGCCCCAGACCAAAGCUGCAGGAAGUUUCAGUACAACCCAAAAUAAUACACCAUACGAAUUUUUUCAUUAAUAUUCCUGAAGCUGUAUUAAAAAUCAAGUUUAAUUCAUCAAUAUUUAACAAAAAAUCUAAAUCUACAAUGUCUAGCAUGCCAAGUUUAGAUGUUACAACUGCUGCAUCCAGUACAUCAAAUUUAUCUGAAUCUGAAUGUAGCCCUAAUACUUUAGAUAAUGAUGAAGAGGAAAAUAAUUUAAGUAAUUUGAAUGAAGAUUUAAUUGAAGUUUCUUCAUCUACAAGUAAUGAAGAGGGUAUUAUGGUUGACAGCACAGUAUCAGAGACUACACUUUGUGAUAAUAUUUCAAUGGCAGAAGAAAAGGAUAAUUUAGAUGAUAUUAAUGCAUUGGUGGUGGCCAGUUCAACGAUUAAAUCUGUGGUAAAACGUCGACCUACUGGUUUGGAAAAGAAGCGCGCUAAAUUAAAGCGGGAUUUUGAGGACAACCUUCGAUUAUUGACUGACGAAGAUGGCGAUGUUAUCAAAGAAAAACGUGAUCGUUUUAUACAAGCAUUUUAUGAUAAAGUGCAAGACACACUCUCAAUGGAAGAUUUUCACAAAUUCAUGGCGGCGUUAAAUGAUUUUGACGAACAUCAAACUUCACCAAAAGUUCUCUACAAUCAAGUGUCAGAAAUUAUGGGUAACAAACAUCCUGAUAUUAUGGACGAGUUUUUGCUGUUUUUCGAUAGCCUGCAGGCGAAAACUUUGGGUAAACUUGUGCCGUUUUUAAUUAUGAGUAACAUGUCACUUUUUCUGCGCAAGUUAGAAUUGUUUUUCCAAGAUCAACCGUCACAAGUUCGUAAAAUAUAUAGAGCUAUUACUGAUUUAUCAACGCGCAACGACGUAACAAUGGCGCAAGUUAAGAGUUCCGUUUUGCCGCUUUUGAAAGGUAAUGGUUUGUUGACUGAUUGGUUUUUACAAAUAUUUCCAAUGGAAAAACCACCUGCAAGACUGAUUAAUGGGGCAUGGGAGACUAUUUGUUUGAGUAAGGAUACAGAUGACACUUUUGAACAUUUGGUCUUGCCUGAGGUAGAUGAUCCAUAUGGUGGGCCAAACUGCAUUUGUAAUUGUCAUAGUGUAGAGGAUGAUAGGUUUAAAGCAAGGUCGCAACAUUGCACACCCUGUGGAACUAAAUUUAUGCAAGGACGUGUGUUUCUGCAAACUGGUAAAGGUCUCCGUCCAGCAAAAAUUACAUUUGAAGAUACGAGCGUGGACCACAGAGCGCGACUUUCAGGUUCUUUGAAAAAACGAUCCGACACCAGUCCGGUGAAAUUAAUAUCGCCGGGUAAAGAUAGUCAAGACGAAACACGCCAGAGCAGUGACGAGGAACCCCCUGAAAAGAAGCAACAACGACUUGUAAAGACUAUAAAGAAACGAAAACCAAGGAAGAAAGUAAAUAUAGAUAGUAAAGAUGUUGAAAAAGAAUCGUUGGUUGCCGAAACCAAAAUGAUCAUUGAAGAUUCACCGAAAGAAACAACUGACCGCGAUGAAGAAGAGAUUGUUUGUCGACCUAGAACGACUUCUGUUGACGUUGUGGACGUGACACCAAUGCUUUUAGCGGAUGAACCUCAAGAAUGGGACUGCAACACAUCAAUGGAUUCACUCGAAAUUAGACUAAGCCCUGAACCAUGUCAAGAGAGUGCUGAAUCGGAAAGUGAAUGUUGUGAAGAAUUUGAAACUUCCCAAGACAACAACUCUGAUAGUGAUGUAUCCGUAUCUGGUAAUGAUGGUGAACCUAUAAAUACAACUACAGCUUCAUCAUUAGAGCCAACAAUCCAACCUUGGACGAGGGAAGAAGAUAAAGUCAUUCUGGAGACGUUUCAAAAGGAAGAAGUCAUAGACAUAGCAUUCAAACGCAUUCUAGUACAGUUAAAAAAUCGUACUCUGGAUCAGGUCAAGGAAAGAUUUGAUGUGUUGAUUAAUUUUCUUAAAAAGAUGAGGGACUCUCGAUAA